AUGGCGGAGAGGGCUUUGAACGAUAAAACCAACCUCCAAUCGAGAGGUCCAUACCAGGGUGGUGACAACAAUCGUGUACCAGGUCCCACGAAAAAAUCAAAUGCCAGCAGUGUGUCCAAGGUUCAUGAGGAUAAAAGCGUGCGACCUAAGGAGAAGGUGGACAGCACGAAGAUUACGAAGAGCACUUUACCUGGAAAGACCCAUCACAUCGGUCCGAAAGACAUUGCUGGCCACUUUGGAAAGAGGCAAGACGGAAGACAUCAACAUGGGCAGGGAGGCCAAAGGCAGCAAAGUGGAAGCAGGGUAGGAAGAAGGCCACACUCUUCCAAAACACCAUCCAAAACUGGGUCAAGAGGAAGGGCGGUAGAGGUUGAAGGUUGCGGAACCAGCGUCGGUACCAAUCAUCAGCCUUCUCAACGUGGCAGUCGCUUAGUAUUUCCCCCAGGAUCAAAGGACAAGCGCAUGUUUCGACCUAUCAGCUUACAGUUCUUAAACCAGCUCCUUCGGAUGGAGCCUUCAGAGGCAGCAAUUCAACUUGGUUCAUUGAAGGGAAGUUUUAUGGCAGGACUUGAAGAGGAGAACGUGGAUGCCAAUAAACAGCGCUUAUUUUGGGAUGUUCUUGCCCAUAUUUCUGACAAUGUUGGUGUAGCCAGUACUGUCAUUAUGCUACUUACGGUGGCCGUUGGCUCUAGACUCCUUAACACACACCUACCACUUCGUCUGAUCCAUCUGAGGGAGAGGGCACACCAAGGAGGUACACGCGAUUGUCUAGGUUGUAUCGCUGUUCUCAUCACAGUAUUUGAAUCGAUGAUCUCCUGCAUACCCAGCCGGGCUGCAGAAAUCAAGGUACCCUUGGUUCUCAUGACAGACGUCGUGAACGCAAUGGAUGAAGAAUCGACACAGGACGUCAAGCCCUCUCUCGUUGCCCUGGUGCAAUAUAUUGAGUCUGUUGAAGCGGAGAAAGAGUUCACGCGCCAGAAGCAUCGGAAUGCUUCAUCUAAACCACCGCCAGAUGACUUCCGACAGCAAAGUAUUCUUCCAACUUAUCAAGAGCUCACACCAUCUUAUCGACCAUACUUGAGACCUCAUAUAGUUAAUGGAGCUUACCCGAACGCGGAUCAUUACUUUGACGUGCACUUCAGGCUCAUGAAAGAGGAUUUCAUUCAGCCUCUAAGAAGUGGUUUGGGGGAAUACCUUCACAACAAGCAAGUUCGUCCAGAGAAUAGGGUUAAGGUCAAUGAUAUUCGGGUCUAUGAGAACGUGAAACUUGUCCGACCAAAAACGGACCAUUCCGGUGUUUCCUAUUUGAUGUCAUUCAAGAGGCUACCUUAUGUCAGAUGGGAAAUGUCGAAGCGUUUGAUUUAUGGCUCACUAGUCCUACUUUCGGAAGAUGAAUUCAAGACCUACAUUCCAGCCACUGUAGCAAAUAGCGAAGCAAAGCAACUUGCACGUGGUUUUUUUGACCUACGCCCUAUAGAUAGAGAAAUGUCAUCUAUUGUUGACAAAACAUUUGUCAUGGUGGAAUCAACAGUUUUCUUCGAGGCAUAUCGACAUGUCUUGGUCGGCCUACAACGGGUAAGCCCUGCAACCUUUCCAAUGGCAGAGCAUAUUCUUGACCUUAAACCAGACAUAAAGCCCCCUACCUACCUAAUGAAACUGAGCCAUCCCGAACUUGACGUGUCAAACCUAAUGGUUGACCGAAACCAGAGGAACAAUGUUCGUGACAUCUCUAUGACUAAGCUUCAGAAGGCUGCAUCUCCAAUCCGGUCCCAGGAGAAACGUAGUCCGAAACAUGUUGGUCUGAAACAACACGAAAUUGACACCCCCUUUCCCAUAUCAGUUCUGAAUGGUGAUGCCUGGCCUGCAGCUGAAGAAACGAAUCUGAAUCCAUCUCAGCUAGAAGCAGUAAAAGUAGCACUCACACAGGAACUGUCCCUGAUUCAAGGACCCCCUGGGACGGGAAAAACGUACAUCGGAUUGAAAAUUGUGGAAACACUCCUCAAGAACAUGCAUUGCUGGUCAGAUGAAGAAAUAGGUCCAAUCCUAUUGGUAUGCUACACAAACCAUGCUUUGGAUCAAUUUCUACUCGGUAUCAUGAAAUUUCAGGAUACAGGCAUCAUUAGAGUUGGAAGCCGAAGCAAAUGCAUAGAACUGGAACAGCACAAUCUAAAGCAAGUCAUUCGAGAGCAACGUUUCAAGAAGGAUAUAAGCAAUAAGUACAUCAAACGCCGUGCUGGGAAUGUCAGACAAGAAACUACCUUUGCAAAGGAGGCUCUUGAGGGCUUCCAAACCAGAAUCCAGUUGAGUUCCCAGGGUAUUCUGAGAGAGACGGAGUACAAGCGCUUUCAUAUUAUGUCUGACGAACACUUCAACAGUAUGAUGAGGAUAGAGAGACUGGGGCAUGCCGAUUCAUGGAUGAUAGAAUGGCUUGUUCCUGAUGAUGAGAGUGUGAAGGACUUUGCUCAAACUCACAAUGACGCGAUCACAUGUGACAAAAAAGACGAGGAAAGUAAAAGAAACGACACUCAGGAAGUUGAAACAACGGUAGAAAGUAUCGAAGUGGAGAAUGAACGAAAAUUGAUCGAGGCAAAGCGAGUGAUCGAUGAUGAUCUAGAAGAUGAUGAAAUUCCUGAAGUGGAGGUUGUUAAGAACCAGUUUCCGCUAGCAGUUUAUUUCGACGAUCUCAUGUCAUCGGUUUACAUGAACAGGAGACAGAAGAGCUUUCUUAGGGAAAAGAUUUCCAUGCAAAAGAAAAUGCACGUGAAUCAAGUUUCAAACGUUAGGGACGUUUGGCGGCUUAAUAUUCACCAACGUUGGGGCUUGUACCAUUACUGGUUAAGCGAGUAUAUGGCGCUACUCGAAGCAGAGAUCCCAGUACUCCAGAAUGAGUACACCCAAUUAUGUGCCGAGCUGCGAGAAACGAAUGACCACGAGAAAUGCUUGGUACUGCAACAAGCUACAAUAGUUGGUAUGACCACUACAAGGGCCGCUAGUGAGCGCGAAGUGCUACAAAGAGUUAAACCAAAGAUCAUCAUUGUUGAGGAAGCCGCAGAAGUGCUAGAGUCACACAUUAUCACAUCGCUACAUUCUUCCUGUCAGCAGCUAAUCCUGAUUGGUGAUCAUCAGCAACUCCGCCCAAAGCCACAUGUUUACCAACUAGCAACCAGAUUUCACCUCGAUGUGUCCAUGUUUGAACGACUGGUAAAGAAUGGAUUCCCCUUCAAGAAACUCAAGCAGCAGCAUCGUAUGAGGCCUGAAAUAUCAUCUUUGAUGAGAGAACACUUCUACCCAGAGCUGGAAGACAACGAAUCAGUGUAUACGUACAUAGACGUAAAAGGAGUGGAGAAAAACGUCUUCUUCCUCGAUCACACCAACGAAGAGGGACAUGUAGGCGAGACAAUGAGUCAUUACAAUCUCCAUGAAGUUGACUUCACGGUGGCAUUGUGUAAGUACCUUCUGAACCAGGGUUACGAGCCCAAGCAGAUUACCAUACUCACUGCUUACACUGGACAACUACUGAAGUUCAAAGAGAAAAUGGACAAAGCUACAUUUGAAGGAGUCACGGUAGCUUCGGUCGACAACUACCAAGGGGAAGAGAAUGACAUCAUUCUUCUUUCCUUUGUACGAAGCAGUCCGAAUGGGAAGAUAGGUUUCCUGAACAUCGCAAACAGAGUGUGCGUGUCGCUGUCCAGAGCAAAGCAAGGGCUGUAUUGCAUGGGAAAUUUCACCCUCUACUCUGACAAAUGCGCUCUGUGGAAAGGAAUCUAUGGCGACUUGAAAGCAAAUUGUCGGGUAGGAGACACAUUGAUGUUGCAAUGCUACAACCAUCCACACAACAAGACAGAAGUGGCAAGAGCAGCUGACUUUCGGAAAGUGCCUGAUGGAGGAUGUGGAAUUCCUUGUGACACCUUACUCGAUUGCGGGCAUGUAUGUAACAAAUUGUGCCACCCGGCGGAUCAGCUGCAUCAAAAUUACAAGUGCCCUUACCCCUGCACCAAGAAAUGUGAAAGAGAUCAUGCAUGUUCUGAUAUCUGUGGAAACAAAUGUCCACCAUGUCGCAUAACGAUGGAAAAGAAACUGCCUUGUGGACACGUUUGUAUGAUGAAGUGUUCUAAUGACCCAACAUCAGUCACAUGCAAUGUGAUGGUUGCAAAGCAAAAGCUUCCUUGUAAACACCUACACACCCUACCGUGUCAUCUGGAUGUCUUCAGGUUUGACUGUCUAACUGUAGUUCAAAGACACCUUCAGUGUGGUCACACCAAAUUUGAGAAGUGCAGUGAGCAUGGGAUGUGCUCAGUCAUUGUGAGCAAGGACUUACCAUGUGGGCACAUUCAGAUGAUGAAGUGCUCCCUGACGGAACAGCCUGACAUUGUCUGUACCGACAUAGUUCUGAAGAUUCUACCAUGUUCUCAUACAGAAAGACUUCAGUGCAACGUUGAGCCAGACAAAUUCUGUUGCCUUAAAGUUGUGAAAAAGACACGUCCGUCGUGUGGUCACGUCGUGACAGAGGAAUGUUCAGCAGAAAGUGAUUGUUCCGACAUUGUCUGCAAGAGUCUGCCGUGUGGUCAUCAGAAGGAUGUGGAAUGCUGUAAAGAUGUGCAUAAGGUAUUCUGCAAAGAACAAUGUGAGAAGGACCUCGCUUGCGGCCACAGAUGCUCCAGGAUAUGUGGAGAAAACUGCGUUACAGAAUGUAAUGUGCUCGUAGCCCGAAGCGAUUGGCCAUGUGGCCACAAAGUUACAGCGAGGUGUAGCGAUAAACCGGAUUCUUGCAAGGUCAGAUGUCAGACGGAACUUGAAUGUGGACACAUAUGCAAGGGGAUAUGUGGAAAAUGUAUUGGAGGGCGAUACCACGUGCCAUGCCGAGAAACAUGCGAUCGUACUCUGGUCUGUGGACAUAAGUGCACCCUCAGUUGUGUCAGUCCCUGUCUUCCUUGUUCUAAGACCUGUGAAAACUUCUGCGACCACAUGAAAUGCAAUCACCCGUGCGGAGAAGCUUGCACUCCUUGUACGAAACAAUGCAACUGGAGGUGUCCACAUGACAAGUGCAGAACGCUCUGCUGUGAAACAUGCUCCAGACCACCUUGUGAAGAACCGUGUUUGAAGAAGCUGAUGAAGUGUGGCCACCCCUGUCCCGGUCUAUGUGGAGAGAUCUGUCCAGAGCUGUGCCGUAUCUGCGACAAAGUGGAGCUGAAAGAAACCUCUUUUGGAUCUCAGGAUACAGAGAAAUCGAGAUACAUACAAUUGGAGGAAUGCGGGCACGUCUUUGAGGUAACUGGUCUUGAUAGGCACAUGGGACUCAACCAGCCGGAAACCACCAACACACUGAUUUCGUUGAAGAAAUGCCCAAAAUGCAACACGCCAUUACGUCACAGUAGACGCUAUGGAAACGUCAUGAAGCUGGCGAAAAGACAUGUGCUGCAUGUUAAGAGGAAACUGGAAGCGAAGAAAGUGCAAGUAGUGGCAGGAAAGUGUGUUAUAAAACAGAGGAUGACGAGCACUCUUACCCGAAAAAAUCUGAGACCCCUUGGGAUCGGGGAAAAGGCAAUAGGGAGAUGGCUACGUAUACACCAGGAGAUUAGAAUGGAACAUGAACCAGCUAUCAUGUAUCGACUGCAACUAAUACGUACGUUGAUGGAACUGCAAACAACACUAAGCGAGGGAACCAAGGAUACCCAAUUGCCCGGUGAGUCACGUCGGGAUAAGUCAAGUCGCAAUGUCCGACAUUCUGUAUGGAAAGAACACAUUGAUGAAACGCAAGAACAGAUAGCAGAGCUGGGGAAUGCACUUCUUAGGGAUGCUACCAGCUUUUCGUACCAAGAGGCUCAUGACCUACACAGAGAAAUGUGCAGGACCAUGUACACGGUACUCCUACUGAUCCGGGUUGUAAAGAUUAAAGGUGGCCGAGGUAUCCAGCUUUUUGAAGAUUCUAUCAAAGCACUCGGGAGAAAGGUCUACCUCCGCAAUGAAUGCUUAGAAAAGAUACGACCGGUACUCAAUGAAUACUACCAAGCUACAAGCAGUAAACUGCUAGAUAUCAUCCCGGAAUUUCACCCACGGCGUGAGAUGACCUUUGCCCGUGACAGAUGGUGUCGAUGCCCAAAGGGUCACACGUUCAUGAUUCAAGAGGAUGAAUAUAGUCUUCCUACGGUGGACUGUGAGAUAUGCUUGCGUUUCAGAGCAAGAGAAAGUCCUAUUAGAGCGUUUCAAGAAAGCCCACCAAGGCAUACAAGUGCUUCCCCUGCUACUGAGGAUCAGAGAGCGAAGGGCUUGAGAGAGGGUGAAUUUCGUCGUCUGGCAAUUGCCGUUCCAAGCUGUGGGAUACGACGGGGACCAGGGCGAAUGCCGUACGACAACAAGCGAAGUGUUAAGAAUUCUCCGAUGAAUCCAAAUGACCCUAGGUCUUUCAACAGAGGUUCAGGAAAAGUGGAGAGCUUAUCGCAAGGUUGUACAAGCACUGGGAAAAGCAAGGGCGGGAGAAAUGAAAGACAAUCUACCUUUCCGACUGCAAGUACGAAACCCCAAGCCAGCGCAGUUUCCAAGGAGGGGUCGAAACAAAAACCUAGCACGCGCCGUAAUAAAAGUGCUAGUACAGGUAAAACACAUGCUCAAGGUACUGCAGAUACCAGAUCUGCUGGUGUACCAAGUACCACUAUCAACAGAAGAGCCGGGCAACAUUCCCAUGGUGCAUGUGCCAAGGACCAAACAUCGGGUAGCAAGAUGAACAGAGCUCCAUUGUCUAAACCAGUUGGGGCAUCGCAGACUGGUCCAACUGCGUUUCAGGACACAUCCAAAACUCGCGGAGCAAGUCGAGGAACACCAAGGAAAUCGGAUAGCACCCCAAAGAACAAGGGAAAGCCACAAGAAAAGAUGACGCCUAGUCAAGGGAAGGCUAAGACUCCCAAGUCAACAGAUGCUGGCGCCACAGCUGACCAGGGCCAGCAUGGAACCUCUCACAGGCGAAACCGUAGACGAGGACGUGGGGGAGGCGGUGGAAACAGCCAGGUUGAUGAUCAACAGAGUAGGCCUGGAAGGUGUGGUGAUGCUCAAGAACGUAGUGGUACAGGGGAACAGGACAGUUCGAAUUCCCGUCGAAGAAACCGCAGGAAAAAGUAUAAUGAAAACGAAUAAGUGCAUACAGUCAAACCUGCUUUAUUGACCACCUUUCAACGAAGACCACAUUUUUUGUUUCCUUUGGAAAUGGUUUCUCAUUGUAAUAAUGGAACCUGCCUACAAACACCAUUUUUCUGUUUCGCUUAGGUGGUCGCUAUAGACAGGCCUGACUGUAUUGUAAAAGAAUUUCAAUUCAAUAUAUUUAUGAAUUCAUUUUUCUUC